CUGACCGGAUUAUGUGAUGAAGGAAAACACGAUCCCAAGUAUGAAGUAUACCAAAGAAUUGCUACAAAUACUUCGGGACAAGUAUUUAACAUUCUCCGUAAUCAAUUUCAAGAGAUUUUAAAAUUUAUUAUAGAGUCACUGAAGGAUAAAAAGGGUUUAUUAUUCAACAAAGUAUUACCUCCUGGAAAGCAACGAGUUGAGUUUUCAGUAAACAGUUUGAUGAAAGAGAUUCGACUAUCAUUAUCGUGUGACAAAGCAAGUAUUAUACAAGUAACAGACAACAAUGGAGACGUAGUACUUACGAAACCAAUGAUUUCUAUUAAUUCAGUCAAUAUCGUUGCUAUGGAUGGACGUGACUCUGGCAAAUAUACGGCGGAGAUAUCUUGCGAAACGGAAGCGAGUCUUGAUGUAACAUACUCAUCGCAACUCGACUUUAAAUAUGGAUUUGCGAUUACAAAACCCCAGUAUUUUAAUGAAAAUAAGACUCCAGUUUAUAUAGACAAUAAAUAUUAUUUAUCAGUCGAGUUACCCGAUAAGUAUGAUGAUACAAUAAUACUAACAAGUGCUGAUAUUUUAAAUACAAAUGGUGAGGUAGUUACAAAUACAACACUGCAACUAAAAAAAGAGGACAAUAUAUUUUAUGUAUCAGAAGCUAUCAAAAUCCCUAAUGAUGUAUUUAAAAUUCAGGUACGUGGAUACGUGUUGAUUAGCAAAGAAAAUAUUGAAAUGCUUUCAUCCACAUAUAUCAAACCAAAAAUGUUACCAGCUACUACUACUGCUAUUACUACUACUACUGAUAUUACUUCUACUACUGAUAUUACUACUGCUAGUAUUACUAGUACUACUGCUAGUAUUACUACUGAUAUUAGUACAACUGUUCCAGAGACAACUCCACCCAUAGUUGAACUUAAGAUUAUACCACAAAGUGAAUCAAAUAACUUGAAAAUUAUCUGUCAAGUUGAAGGAUACCCUAAGCCCAAAAUAACAUGGCUAGAUCAAUCUGAAAUUGAAUUAAACGGUACAGAGAUUUCUAAUAGUACUACGAGCAGGUAUGAAAGUGUAAUUGAAAUAGAAGACAAUAAAAGCAACAACUUUACGUGUACAGCAAGUAAUUCUGUUGGAAAAGAUGCCAAAUUCGUCAAUUCCCCAAAAAUUUUGAAUAUUACGGAAGAUUUCAUAUCCGAAUCUGAAGUAAACCUAGUGUGCAUAGUGCAAAAAAGUGUACCGGAAUCAAAAAUAAAUUGGUAUUUAGUGGAAGAUUAUAGUAUACAGUUCAUUAAGAGUAAAGAAAAUGAACCAGAUGUUAUUGAAGUUGGAGAAGAAGAGUCGGGUGUUUACAUUUGUAGGGCUUCGAACGAUAUAGGUGUUGAUAUAUUUGUCAAGAAUUUUAUAUUUCCAUAUGCACCAUUCUUCGAAGAUAUUGUAUAUUCGAAUAAAAUUGCAUGUGAACUUGAUAAACUAAUAAGUUUAGAUUGCAUAGCAUAUGCUAUGCCACUUCCAACUGUGCACUGGUAUUUUAAUGAAACAGAAUUAAUCGAAAAUAGCGAAUUUCAUUUUGAUGAUGACAGCCAUAAUACGUUAAGUUUUGUGGGGCAUUUAGCUAACAUCGGCAAUUACACAUGCAAGUCAUCGAAUUAUUUAGGAAGUGCAUCAAGGAGUUUUCAGCUUUACGUCCCAGUUAAAAUAGUUCCACCAGUUGAAAGCGUAAUUUAUGUUAAACCAACUGAACAAAGAAUCUCAUUGCAUUGUAAUGCUACUGGUGUUCCGAAACCGGAAAUCAAAUGGAUUUAUUAUGAAGGCAAGGCAUCCAAAAUUAAAGCUGCACUUCGAAACACGUCUUCAGAAAUUACAUUAAGUAUGAUGGCCAGAGACAUGAAGGAAGGCUUGUAUGUCUGUGAAGCUAAUAACUUUGCGAGUUCAGAUAAUUUUACAUAUACAGUAGGAUUUCAAGGUCCACCGUGGAUAGUAAAACAUAAAUUUGCAAUAUUUCUCGCUGUAUCUGGUGAUAGAUUCUUACGAUUGCCGUGUAAUGCGUACGGUGAACCCAACGUGGAAACGUUUUGGUUCGAUGGAAACGGUUUUGGCAUUGUUUUGGGCGAGUAUUAUUUCAAGCAAGGCCACGAUUUAAUUAUAACUGACAUUAGUCCCAGAUCAGUAGGCACCUACAUUUGUACAGCUGUCAACUCUUUUGGAAAUGCGUCUCUAGUAUGCACAGUUAUUGUUUUGGAUACAAUGCUAUCUGGAGGAAUGCCUCUAGAUGAAAGAAUUAUUGGAUCAGAAAUAAUUUACAUUUUAAAAAAUCAAACGACGGAAAUAGAUUGUAAAUUGCCUUUGUCUUUAACAGAUUAUGUUCGGUGGUUUAAGAAUUAUAUUCCAAUUCAACAAAAUGAGCAAUUUAAUCACAAACUUAAACUAAAGGGCCAAUCAUCAGAUGAUGGAAUUUAUAUUUGCCGAGUCAGUAACCAUAAUGGUUCUAUGAACUAUAAAAUUGAUGUUCGUAUUGGUAAUAAACCCAAAUUUACUUCAAAUACAGAAACUGAAAUUGAGUUCGAUGACGUUAGAGAUACAUAUCUCGAUUGUGACGCCAAAGGAAUACCAACUCCAAAGAUUGUAUGGUAUAUGAACAAUACUCAGCAGGACAUUAAUUUUCAAGUUGUAUAUGGCGAAGGAAAUUAUACCUGCGUCCUUGUAAAUUGAACGUACAGACGGAUUUCAAAGAGACACAGCCUCUGAUAUUAGGAAGUAAUUAUUUAUAUCCUAAUUAUCCAAUACUUAAAGGAUUUGUACAAAUUAAAGAAAAAGAGGAAAUAAUUAUGAGUUGUGCU